UGGGGGCGUGGGUGCGGGUGGAGAGGUCCUGCUUGCAGUGCAGGGGCUGCACAUAUGGGCACAGGCAGGGAGAUGGGGCUGCUCAACCCUGCCUGUCCAGAGCCCUUCCCUCCCUGGCGAUGGGCAACUGCAAAAGGCUUCAUGAAAUAUUCACUGCGCUGCUUGAGUGCCCUGGCUCUGGGCUUAAUGGCGCUGGCCACCAGCUCGUCCCCUUCCAUGGGCUGUGGCUUAAUAACCCCUGAGGCUCCAUGAGCGCCCGAACCAGCCCAGGAGACCGCUGACUCCUGGCCCAACUGGCAUGUCAGAUGGAUGCUCUUUGCCUCCAUCAUGGCAAAUGUUUGUGGCUGCUGCAGGACACCAAAAGACUAAGUCACGGGGAUCUGCAGCUGCCAGCAGGGAGAGCAUCGGGGGCUUCAUGGCCCCCCCUGAGCCUGCAGGGUGAAGAGCUGUCUUUUUGUGGCCACUUCCUGCUCGGGAGCACCCACAUCUGCGUUUCCAGUGCGCUGGUAGUGGCUUGUUUGCGCUUCCGUUCAGGAAGAGGUGACAGUUCAGUCGCUUUUUAAAAGGGCAGGCUUGCAGGGGAGCGCGACCCGCUGCAGCCACCUGGGAUCAUCCAAAAGUCCCCCUCCACAUCUCUCAUCUCUGCUGGUUGCUCAGACCCCCAGGAGCAGCAGUUUUGCUGUCAGGUGUCAGUCCUUUGGGUCAGAUUUGUGUGCAGCUGGUUGGAUACCACAGCAAGCAGGAAUGUCCGUGCUACAGAAAAAGGCUGAUGUGGAGAAACGAAGCUGGUGCUGACCCGUGGCCCCAGGUCAAUUUGUGGAACCUAAAAGUGUUGCAGGCAGAGAGCAGCUCUUUGUACAGCAUGUGCUGCCAGCCGGCCCUGCCCAGACCUAAGUAACCGCGGCAGUGCCAGAAGCGGAGCACAGCAAUAAAGCCAUUGAACGGUUUGAAAAGGAAACGUGUACCAGGCUAUUUCAGGUCCCUGCAGGGUUGGAGUCCCAGGAGACUGGGCAGGGAGGGUGUGUGGGAAGGGGUCCUGUGGUGCCAUUGCCACUGGUCCCUGUCACAUCUUGCUGCAGGUGGCAUGAAGGAUGUGGUGCCAGAGGCGCAUGCAGGUCAUGCUGGCCCUGUGCCUGCUGCUGGUCCUGUGGCAAUGUUUCCGAGCCCCCACAGAUGGCCUCGGCCCCUUCCUUUGGGCUCCCUCCCGCCUCGAUGCCCCCAUUGUCUGCUGCACCAUGGGCACCAACAACUCUACAUGGUUCAAUACCCGCUACAACAGGGCCAUAGGGCCUCUGCUGAUGGGUGCAGCCCACGAGCUCUCCUCCGACGUGAUUCAGUGGUGGCUGACCCUGCAGGGUCACCCGAGUGGUGUCCAGCUCCAGGCUAUAAUUCGGCAGCUCUUCACUGUCCUCCCAGUACCAACCGGUGACGUGUGGGACUCAUCUCACCGCAGGACUUGUGCAGUGGUGGGGAACUCGGGGCGACUGAAGGGGUCUGGCCAUGGGUUGCAAAUUGAUGCCCACGACUGGGUGCUGAGGAUGAACAGAGCAAAGAUCGCUGGCUUUGAGCUGGAUGUUGGCAUGAGAACAACCCAUCACUUCAUGUACCCGGAGAGUGCAGUGAACCUUGAGCCUGAUGUCCACCUUGUCCUCAUCCCCUUCAAGCCAUUGGACCUCCAGUGGGUGGCCAGCGCCUUCUCCACUGGAGAGCUCACACACACAUACGUGAGAGUGAAACAGUUCAUCAAAGCUGACAGAAACAAGGUGCUGAUCCUGAGCCCAGCUUUCCUCAAGUACAUCCACGACAACUGGACGCAGCGCCACGGGCGUUAUCCCUCCACUGGCUUCACGGCCCUGCUCUUUGCACUGCACGCCUGCCAGCAGGUCUCCGUGUUUGGCUUUGGAGCAGACAGUGAAGGGAACUGGCACCAUUACUGGGAGAAAAACCGCUGGUCUGGAGCCUUUCGCAGGACGAGGGUCCAUGACUCUGACGUUGAAUUCAGCCUCAUUGAGAGACUGGCAGCCGAAGGCAGGAUUUUAUUCUACAAAUGAUGCAUUUCCAAGAAAUCGAAGCCAUGCUGUUAGCUCAGGAACUGGCAGCCCCCUGCACUGCCAGCAGCUGCCUCAGCUCUUUAGCUUGCUUCUCCCUGCCCAGCACUGCCACAUAGCCAGGCUUACAGACACUUCGAUCCCUGGGUUGCUGCUUGUGCUGGUCCUACCAACUGGGCACUGUGGAAGCCAGGAUGCGACAUUCUCCCACGGCACCAGGGAUGUUGCAUUUGGCUGGACACAGGGUGGGCAUGGCUCUGCCCAUGCUGGCUGGGAGAAAGAAAGGAUCGACAGUGGGGCUGGAGGUGGGUGUGGAGCCUGUGAGCCCAUGUGUGUCCCUGUGGUGGCUGCAAAGCUGUUGGGUGACAGUGGUGGUGGUGGCAGGAGCUGCUCAAACAUGGCUGCCUACAUGACGGAGCUGACACUUCCAUGCACUAAAGGCUUUUGGGGGAGGUG